GCAGGACACUCGCACGCACUUUGGAAGGGAUCUAUGGCUCGGUGAUGCUUUGCAUUGCAGCUAGUGGGAAUCAAGAGAGUGGUUUCUGAGGUAUCGUCGUUGACUUGCCAGUCUUUGCGCCGUGGCCAGCGGAGCAUGCUCAGCCUGCUUCAAGCCUUGUCUGCCACCUUUGCCCCGUAUGCAGGAAGUAGACGCCUCCAGAGUUCUUGGGAAGUGCCAGCGACCCCUUGCCUUGGCGGGCGAGGGUGUGGAUCGCCAGAGCGUGGGCUGCCAGAGCGUGUCGUUGUUUGAGCGUUCAAUAGCCCGAAGAAUGUGCUGCAAGGGCUCCAAUUUCGCUGCAGCUGCAGGUGCCGUUGCCUUGUGGACAUGCAGGAGAGCAAGCCGUGUGCGCGUUCUGGCCAAGGAGAAGGAAAGGGCUGGUAUGGUGCAUUUGCCCCAUGGUCUCAGCGAAGAGGAAGUUGUCAGCUAUGAACUUGCCGACGAAGACUUCUCCCUCUGUGAGGAAGAGGAAGAGGAAUGGCGCCAAUACGAUGAAGAGGUAAGCCAAUUCAAGAAGCUGGUGCUCGAGUGUGGAUCUGAUUUGAGCUCCUCUUCUAGGUCUGCGUUUUCUCGCCCAUCCAUCCGUGAUUCGCAAGACUUGCCAGGUCCGUUUGGUGACUGUUGCUCUGAGGCAAUCUUGCCGCAGAAUGAGUCUGGGGGGACUGAUGGCCAAAGCCAGCCUUCAGCUCUCGUGUUUGGUGAGAAGUUAACCAGCAGACAUUUUGAACUUCCAAGAGAGUAUCGCCAGCGUUUGGAGAACGAGGGCACCGCUGUGGUGGUGACAACCGGGUCAGGAGAAAAUGCGCUCGUACUACUCAGCCAUGUGCCAGACCAACCCCAGCUGCUUCCAGUGGUUUCAGAGACCUUCCGGAUGCAAGAAGUGAAACUUGUGCGAGGUUGGCUGGAAACGAUGGAUGACGGCGUGGUCAUGGGUGCGUUUGAGGUUUCUGAUUUGAACGACCAGCCACUAUCGAGUGAACGCACCGCCCAGCUGGAAAGGGCAUUGAUGCAGGCUGGUAGAGGCACGUCGCGGCCUUGUGUCACAGCCUGUGGCCCAGAGUGCUGUUUGUCAAACCUUCCCAACUCAACGUCUCCUGCAGCCACUGCAGGCUCACAAUAGCUCCUUGGACUGUGCAUUCACAAGAGAACUUGUUCUUUUCUUGUGUGUGUGUGUGUGCGCGUUUUUGCAUGGAGGGGCAUGAGGAAGAGAGCCGCAUGUUAUAAGAUAUUAUUUAUGAUUUGUUGUUGUUGCUGCUGGAAGUGACCAAGGAAGUAAAAUUGCAUGUUUUGAGGUUCAAAGUUGGGGAGUCGAUUAAAGUUGCCCCUCAAGACUUUUCAUGGUUUAAAGGUAUUUGGAAGCUACUGCCUACUGCUUGCCAAAUUCGAAGAUCCCCAAAGUUGUUGUUUGAGGCUUGUGCGGGCAAAUAAGGUUGUGCAAAAGUUUAGUUUUUGAGGGGUUGGCUGAAAAAGACAGUUUGUUUGGCACUUGGACAAGAUCAUCAAUCUCCAUGCUAGGGAGCAGCCUUGGAUCUAAGGCUUUUUACAACAUUACAAAAUGCAUCCACAUGCUUAUCAAGCAACAUGCUAGACUGGUUUUACUUGAUUCAGCUCCAGCGUUUUGGCAGGUUCUACACAGUGACCCAGAGUAAGUGUGGCGUUUAUGAUGUUUCCACAAGCCAGUUGAGUUUGUAAUGAAUGCUGCUGAAUGCGAUUGUCUCCUAACAGCCGAAGCAAGGUGCUGGGCGAGUUGGUCCAUCCUGAUCCAAGGCAGUGGCUUGGUGUGAGGGUGCGUUUGCAAAAAUUUUCAAGCACGGAGGAUCUCCUGAAUUGAGAAUCCUUCGAAAGGUGAGUCCAGGUGAAGGCCUGGCAACUGGAAUAGUGUUUUUUUGUGGCAUAGUGUGCUUCAAUGCCUUAGCAUGUAGCAUCCUCAAAGCUUAUGACUGCCAUCCCUUGCCAUCC